AUGGGAGAUCAGAGUGAGCCGACCAUGGUGCAGAAGUCGACGUCGUUCAGCAUCAAGAGCCUGUUACUCCCGUCGAAGUUUGACGACGAGAGCGCGGAGCGCAGCGGCAGCCCGGCGGCUCCGGACUCGGACAAACCCCCGGAAGCGUCCGAGACGGACCCCGCGCAGCGAGACGCGGAGGAGCAGCCGUCCAAAAAGGGAAAGAAAUUCGACAAACCUCCGUUCAGCUACAACGCGCUCAUCAUGAUGGCCAUCAGACAGAGUCCCGAGAAGCGGCUCACGCUCAACGGCAUCUACGAGUUCAUCAUGAAGAACUUCCCGUACUACCGGGAGCACAAGCAGGGCUGGCAGAACUCCAUCCGGCACAAUCUGAGCCUCAAUAAGUGCUUCGUGAAGGUACCGCGGCAUUACGACGAUCCCGGGAAAGGGAACUACUGGAUGCUGGAUCCCUCCAGCGACGACGUGUUCAUCGGCGGGACCACCGGGAAGCUCCGCCGGCGCUCGGCGACCUCGCGGGGCAAGCUGGUGAUGAAAAGGGGCCUCCGCUUCGCGCCCCUCGGUCUCGGACUCGGCGAACGCCCGAGCAACCCGCUUUACUGGCAGCUGUCUCCGUUUUUACCCCUGCACCAUUCGCACUAUAACGGCUCCGCGCACGGAUUUCUAAACCAGGGACACGCGUACGGAUCGUUACUCCCCGGCGUGGAGCCGCUCGGGAACGGGGACAUGUCUCGCCCCAUUCUGGGAGCCUCUAGCGGGGGCAUCAACGGGUACGGCGUGUCUCCGCCGUCCGCGGCCGGAUUACUUUCAGGGCACAACGGAUACUUCGUACCGGGCGCGCAGACGCCGCAGCCGCUCCCGAGCGCGCCGGGGUACGGCCUCUCCGGCUCUCCGUCCCCGCUGCUGUCGGAUUCCCUAAGAACUAGCUUGCCGUCCUUCACAGCGCCGCUCUCCAGCGGACUCCUGUCUCAACACAAGCGCGUCGCGCCCAACGCGUUCCUGAGCUGAGCGCCGCGCGCCUCCUCCAAGGGGAAUAUCCAAACUUUCCUAGAAAACCUCGCCACGAAACGUGCAAGCUGUUCUGUUUUUUUGUUUUUUUGUGAGGACUGCGCGUCUGAUUUCUUCUUCUUCUGUCUAUUUAAGUUUAUUUUAUAAUAGUAGUAUGAUGUUAUGCCAAAGGCAAUAACCGUGCGUGUUUGUUUUUCUUUCUUUCUUUCUUUUUUUUUUAAGUAUUAUUUAUAGUAUUUCUUUGUGAAUGACGGUUUUGUAUUUAUUCGAAAUGUCCUGUUACCGCGGGAUACCUUUAUUACUAGAUGUCUGGCACAUAUUAUUCGUUUAGUAUGACUAAUUCCUUUUUUUUAUUUAUGUCCCAAACUGUGAAUGCGCCUUAAUAUCUUAAAUCAGGGUUGAGCGUUCGGACUGUCUCAGGUGUGCGUUCUGACAAUGAAACAUUACGAUUAUGACUAUUAUUAUUAUUAUUAUUAUUAUUAUUAUUAGCUGUGUGAACCUGACAUGUGGUAAGAUGUGAACCUAUAUGCAAUGUUUUCUGAGUUUGCCUGAGGGCCUGUGUUCAGAGAGGUCAUGCAAUGACUUACUAUAGCAAAGCUAAGCUACUGAAUUAAAGCACUGGUUUAAAUGAGCUCUGUGUGGAUGAUUAUAUAUAUAUAUAUAUAUAUAUAUAUAUAUAUAUAUAUAUAUAUAUAUAUAUAUAUAUAUAUAUAUAUAUAUAUAUAUAUGUGUGUGUGUGUGUGUGUACAUACUGUCACGUAAAAUGCUGUUUAGUGACGACACGAGCUUUUGUUUACACACGUAACAGUAUUUUAAUACGGUUUUUACGCGUGGAGGUGAUUCAGCACCAAAGACGGAUCAUUAAUGCUUUUUUUUUUUGUUUUUGUUUUUUUGAAGUUAUUUGCUCCCACGGCAUCCCGAAGCCAUCGUUUCAACUCUCUGCGCGAAUCAGAAAUGUGAUUUCUAGAGCUGUCUGUUCCCCUUUUAACCAACGUGUGAUUUAUAGUUCUGCACCUUUAGUUGUCACGGUCGUCCAAUGUGCAGUUUUGUACUAGUUUGUCUUUUUCUUUCUUGUAUAUAUAUAUAUGCCUGAACGCACGUUCAGAACAAAGAAAUAAAGUAUUGGAAUAUUUCUGUACGAA